UGAAAAUUUAAUAAGAUAACUGGGUUUGGUGAGAGUGCGAGACUAUUUGGCUCGGUUCAGUUUUAUUCCAAUUUCAAAAAUUCCAAUUUGGCUCGGUAUAGUUCGGUUUAUAUCAGUUUCUAUAUUUCAAUUUGGGUCGGUAUAGUUCGGUUUAUGUAUUCAUUCUUUUUGAGAUGCGCAACAAGCUCUCACCGUUUCUCCUCCGCCGCUACCACAAUUUGCCGUGGCCAUGGGAAUUCUCAGAUGAGAACAAUGAGAGCAUUAAUCGAAAGAGUCUCUCGUCUUACUCUGUGAUCAAUCUCUCGAAUUCUCCUUACCGAUAGAUGGAGACGGUGUUUGCUUUUUGGGUUGUUUUCCGGUGAUCGCAUCUUCAAUCAGUGGUGGUAAUGGAAUGGAGAAAGUUUCAUCACGGAGAUAUGCUUAUCUGGAAACUCUUACUCAUGAGAUUAAGAUGAAGUUUACACGGGUUUGCCUUUCUUUUUAGUAUUUUUUUCGCAAAAGAUCGAUUUGUGUCGAUUGGUUUUGAUUUUGCCCAGAAAACACUAUUUGAUUUCUCUAAUUCGAGACACAUGCGUUAGGUUAUCGAAUUUUGAUAUCCUCAAUGAAUACUUUUGUUUCAAUUUUGAAUCGUUACGGUUUCCGAUUAAAAUCAUCUUUAUCAUGCAAUCCACAGGUUGAGAUUGUACCUGGUCUCUUGCUUUUUAAUCGGAAACUAUGAAUUAUGAAUUCCAGAACAAACACACUGGGCUGAUUUGGAGGUAGACGAAAAAGAAGAAGCAUGUUGGGCCUUGGGCCUCUUAAGCAGGUACAAUGAAAGCCCAGCCCAGCCCAAACCAAAACAUUUCCUUUGAUUGUUUUCUAUAAAUAAAACGUAGCUUAGGGUUAUUUACUUUACAACGUAUUGCUUGCGCUCAACGGACUCUUCCCGGAAAGAAGACAUAAACCCCUUUAAACCUCCUGCUUUCAUCUUCUCCGUGAUGGUCAAAUCUAACUCCCAGGGUAAGCGUAACCCGCAAUAUGGUUUGGAGGCCAACCCAAUUCUCAAGAGACAUAAGAAAAUAAACAAGAAGAAGGUGACAACGAAAGCUAUUGCUUUUAGUCUCCAGCAGAACGACUUGUUGGUGACAAAGUCUGAUCAGGCUAAUUUAAUCUCAGUCAAGGAAGCUGCAGUAAGAGAGAAGACGCUCUUUGUUGCCAAUCUCCCUUAUGAAACUAAAAUACCAAAUAUCAUCGAUUUCUUCAAAAAGGUUGGAGAAGUUGUUCGUGUUCAACUUAUUGUAAACCUCAAGGGUAAGCUUGUGGGUUGUGGCUUUGUUGAGUUUGCUUCUGUUAAUGAAGCAGAGGAGGCGCUGCAAAAGAAGAACGGUGAAUGUUUAGACAAUAAUAAGAUUUUUCUUGAUGUGGCUAAUAAGAAAGCUACAUACCUUCCACCCAAGUAUUGCAUAGAUCACAAGGUUUGGGACAAAGACUACCGUAGACUAGAAAGCCAUCCAAUAGAAGAAGAUGAGAGACCUCCUAAUUCUGUUGAGGAAGUACUCUUUGUUGCCAAUCUUUCUCCUCAAACUAAAAUAUCAGAUAUCUUCGAUUUCUUCAAUUGUGUUGGAGAAGUUGUAAGUAUUCGACUUAUGGUAAACCAUGAAGGUAAGCAUGUGGGUUAUGGCUUUGUUGAGUUUGCUUCUGCUGACGAAACAAAAAAGGCACUGGAGAACAAGAAUGGUGAAUAUUUGCACGAUCAUAAGAUUUUUAUUGAUGUGGCUAAGACAGCUCCAUACCCUCCAGGACCCAAGUACAACCUUGUAGAGAAGCUUUGUUACGAAGACUACCUUCGACGAGAAAGCCUUCCGAUAGAUGAAGAUGAGACACCUCCUGAAUUUGUUGAGGCAGUUGGCGUAAGGAAAAAGACGCUCUUUGUUGCCCAUCUCUCACGCAAAACUGAAAUAACGCAUAUCAUAAAUUUCUUCAAAGAUGUUGGAGAAGUUGUUCAUGUUCGGCUUAUUCUAAACCACACAGGCAAGCAUGUGGGCUGUGCCUUUGUAGAGUUUGGUUCUGCUAACGAAGCAAAGAUGGCGUUGGAAACGAAAAACGGUGAAUAUUUGAACGAUUGCAAGAUUUUUCUUGAAGUGGCUAAGAUGGUUCCAUACCCUCCACCCAAGUAUUGCAUACAUCACAAGGUUUGGUACGAAGACUACCUUCGACGAGAAAGCCUUCUGAUAGAAGAAAAUGAGACAGAGGAAGGACUUGAUGACACUCCCGCUCUUGUUGAGGAAUUUGCCGUAAGAAAAAAGACGCUCUUUGUUGCCAAUCUCUCACCCAGAACUAAAAUAUCACAUAUCAUCAAGUUUUUUAAAGAUGUUGCAGAAGUUGUUCGUGUUCGACUUAUUGUAAACCACAGGGGUGAGCAUGUGGGCUGUGGCUUUGUUGAGUUUGCUUCUGUUAACGAAGCACAGAAGGCGCUGCAAAAGAUGAAUGGUGAAAAUUUGCGCAGUCGUGAGAUUUUUCUUGACGUGGUUGAGUUAGCUCCAUACCCUCUCCGACCCAAGUACAACCAUGCAGAGAAACUUUGGCACGAACGAGAAAGUCUUCUGAAGAAACAGAAGGAAUAUGAGAUGUUGAGCGAGAGGACCGAAUUCUGCGGUAAGAAGAUUAUCUUCUCUUACGACGACGAAGACCAUAUGUUCUGAUAUUAAAUCAUUAUCUGCCUUCACUAUUAUGUGCCGUAUACAGUAUACUAUUUUAACUGAUUUGUUUGUCAAAACUCAAAACCAUAAUCUCGGACACCAAAUACAGUCUCAACUUGAUUCAGUCUUUCGUAUCUUUCACCAAAGU